AUGCGCUCUCUUCCCCUUGCUUUAUCGUCUCUUCUUCUUUUUCCAGGAAUCUUUGGAGCUUCAACUUUAUCUUCCAAGCACGCCAAGCAUGUGAGACACAAAGGUUGUGUCAAUAGCCCCUCAAACCGGGCGUGCUGGAGUGACGGGUUUGACAUUUCUACCAACUAUUACGAGAAGGUACCUGAUACUGGUGUGGUUCGCGAGUACUGGUUCAAUGUUGAGAAUACCACUGCGGGCCCAGAUGGGGUUGAAAUGCCGGUUCAACUCAUCAACGGUUCUUUCCCGGGCCCAACCAUCAUAGCUGAUUGGGGUGACACUGUCGUUGUGCAUGUGACGAACUCGCUACAGAACAACGGCACUGGCCUACAUUUUCAUGGCAUUCGUCAAAACUGGACAGAUGCCAUGGAUGGUGUCCCCAGUAUUACUCAAUGUCCAAUUGCACCCGGGGAUUAUUUUACAUACCGCUGGCGUGCAGUUGAGUAUGGCACUGGCUGGUAUCACUCUCAUUUCUAUGUUCAAGCUUGGGACGGCGUGUUUGGUGGAAUUCAGAUCAAUGGCCCAGCAACCGCAAACUACGAUAUCGAUCUCGGACACGUCUUUCUAAAUGAUUGGUAUCAUGCCACCGCUGAUCAGCUCGUCCUUCAAGCCUCCACUGGAGGACCCCCCACAGCCCCAAACGGUCUUAUCAAUGGAACAAACACCUGGGGAACCAAAGGUUCUCGCUUUUCAACAACCUUUGAGGCUGGCAAAAGAUACCGGAUGCGAUUGGUCAAUGCUGCAGCUGAUCAGCAUUUCCGUUUCAUGAUUGACAAACACGACCUUGAGGUCAUCGCGACUGACUUUGUGCCCAUUGUACCUUAUAAUACAACAGACCUGAGUAUUGGUAUGGGUCAACGAUACGAUGUCAUUGUCACUGCAAAACAAUUGACGAGUGGAAACUUCUGGCUAAGGGCUAUUCCCCAGUCGGCUUGCUCAGAGACCGAUGCAACCGACAAGGUCAAGGGUAUCAUUCGCUACGACAACUCUUCCACUGCGGACCCUACCACCUCGGCAUAUAGUUACACUGACUCUUGUGCCGACGAGGAUCCAGCAAAUAUAGUCCCUUACCUCCCCAUCAACGCAUCUAGCACGUAUGCCUAUGGCGAGGAUGAGAAUGUCGAAGUUCAGGUCACUGAUAACGCCCUCCUUUGGCUGAUGAAUAAGACUUCCCUCCACACACAAUGGGAAUACCCAUCUCUUCUCCAAAUCUCCGAAGGGAACAGGACGUGGUUGGCUAAGCAGCGCGUCAUUCACCUGCCUAGUGCAGACGAAUGGGUAUACAUGGUUAUCCAUUCUCCAUUCGCCCAGGAUCACCCCAUGCAUCUUCACGGACAUGAUUUCUGGGUCCUCGGCUCUGGAUAUGGAAACUUUGAUACUUCCAUGACCAGUAGCCUCACCUUGGUCAACGCGCCGCGAAGAGAUGUUGUUAUGCUGCCUGCGAGUGGAUAUGUGGUGAUUGCCAUGAAGACUAACAACCCUGGUGUCUGGCUCAUGCAUUGUCAUAUUGCGUGGCAUACCUCCGAGGGCUUUGCCGUCCAACUACUAGAACGAAUCACGGACAUUACAUUCGAUCAUGACUCGCUUAACUCCACUUGCGCAAAUUGGAAGAGCUAUGUCGCUGCGAAGGAUGUUAACCAGUAUGACUCAGGUGUUUAA